AUGUCGUCAUCACCUACCUUGGAGUCCUUACUAUUCGAGGUUCUCUUUCGAAUAGCAGCCUACCUCGACAUUCGAGACUACAUACACCUCAGUCACUGGAGCCGCUCAAUGUUUCGCUCAAUGAAAGAUAUCAUCAUUGCACGGGCUACUGUCAAGAACAUUCUGCUUUGCAGCAAAGAAGGACAAGCAGCUUGGGCCAGUAAGACCGGCUAUUAUCAGGCCAUCAGACAUCGGUUUGAUGUUCAUGAGGCGGUUGCUACUGCGUCCCCAUAUUCUGUUUCAGUGCUGGCUUAUGCCGCAGACUUCUUGUACCACCAAGGCUUUCUGUGUUAUCGAGUCAAAAACCAAAUUCGUUUGCUUGAUGUACACAAUACAGGCCAAAAAGAGCUUGUUUUGGACCUCGACCAUAUGAACAGCUACGACACCGGAAUUGAAUACAUUCUCUCGGACGUGGGAGAACAACCUACCCUUCUACGUUUCAGUUGCGGGAUCCUAAUCCUUCUGUUUAGCCAAGCCAAUUCAAAUGAUGCUGAUCUGGUCGCGAUUAGAAUACAGCCCCGCCCAGACCAGGCUCGACAGAGCCUCUCCUCCUCGGAUCCAAUUUUUGUCCGCCAUACCCGUCUGUAUAUCUGGUUUGGCACGUUCACGGCCGUCAAUGGCCGACAGAGUGCAUGGGUAUUGCGGGGCAUGCAAUUCAAAACUCUCCAACGAACUGAGUUUUCCGUAGAAUUUCUUGUCGAUGGCGAGCUUGGCAAGAGAGUAUGCUUUGAGAUCUACCAGGGGCAUCUUUAUGUGGUGUCAAUAAUAGACCAGCAAGAGUCUUCCUUCUACCACUGGUCAUGCUACUCCCCGGAUCAUGAAAACAACCUGGGCAAUGGACGUCUUUGGCGCUAUGAGCAUCGUGAGGGCCCUAUCAACGAAAUGGGGGCUGAUCUCUCUAUACAAGCGGAGGAGGAAAAGGGCCGACUCGUCCACCAGUCUUGUUCGGGCUGUUUAUGA